AUGUCGCAGCGCCGCCCUGAGACUGCUGGCAUAGCUGAACGAAGGAAGGGUUGUGAUGAAAUCGCGGUACCAUUGAACGCAUCUGACAUACUGGCAUAUCUACAGAACCUGGUAGACCUGUUAGUUAGGGAAGAGCACCGUGUGGACUCAUUCUUCAAUAUUCACCAUACAAACACUGGCCUAGGCGAGUCCCAGUCUCCUCGAGCUUUGAACAGCGCAAGAAUCGAAGGCUUGUCUUGUGUCCAAAGCCACGUCAUUCUGAAGGCAGGUCUUAGGAGGCACUCAUGCGAAGAACUGACAUUAGCACGAGCAGUCACAGUGGAUUCAAUACCAAUAGUUGCGCAGAGCCCUAGAGCCAGUUCUUAUGGCCCUCUGGUCUUCUGCAAUACUGUGGAUAUCCGCAACGUAACAAAAUACCUCUCGCGAAGCGUGCUGCAACUCGACUUCUCCAAAACGUAUCAGGCUCCGUUCAGUUACUCUCGUUCCACGAUGAGCACCAAGUCCGUCCCAGUUUUGACACUCGAUGGCGCACGCAUCGCGCUCUCUGCUGCAGAAGCACGCGCCAAAGAGAUCCAAGUACCUAUGAACAUCGCCGUUUUGGACAAUGCAUGCCAUCUCCUCGCCUUUGCUCGCAUGGAAGGUGCAAAAUUUACAUCAAUCGACAUCGCAAUCAACAAGGCCUACACCGCGGCUGGCCAUCGAGCACCGACAAGCGUCUACAAAGAGGCAGUUUGGCCUGGUGGUCAGGCAUUCGGCAUCAAUAACAGCAAUGGUGGAAAGUUUACGACAAUAGCAGGUGGCGUUCCAAUAAGAAGAGAUGGCGUCGUGGUCGGUGCCAUUGGAUGUAGUACCGGAACCCCAAGUCAGGAUGAGGACGUUGCGAAGAAAGGUGUGGAGGCUGUCGAGAAGACUUUUGGAGUUAAGGCCAAGCUGUGA